UAUAUAUAAAUCAUGUUAUAAGAUUAACGCCGGCCGUUGUAAUAAUAAUAUCACUAUUAGGUAUAGUAGAAAUAAUAAUUUUGUAAGUGACCGACCGAUCAAUAGCGUUUUUCUGUUGAAUAAAUGUUUAGUCGCCCAGUAAUGGUUUGAAACGGUCGUCUUGGUGGAUAAUUUUUGCAGUACAACUACUCACAAUUAUUAAUAACUCUCUACACGUAGCCGAGAACAACGUCCACCGCGAUGAAAACCGUUUUAUCGUACGUCGUCGUCGUCGUGUUGAGCGGUUGCGUCUGCCUGUCGUCGUGUCUGUCGACCAACACGUACUUGUCGUCCAGAGACAAGGAACAGUUGAAGAGCGUUCUGAUCGCCGGCUUGGACGCGCCAAACGUGUCCGAUAUCUACUACUCGUUGUCGGGCCUACAGCAACUCGGCCAACCGAUACCCGAUUCGGAGGCUUUAUGUAAAAAGUUGUUAAAUGCAGUGGCCAAAUCUAAAACGUUCGAUACCGCGUACUUUGCGUCGAGCGCCUGGAAAUUAAUCGGAAAAUGUUCGGGCAAAUUACCAGUCGACGAAUCGGUUCAGAACGUACACGCUUUGUUAGAGAAAACCAACAUCAGAGACGUCCAGAUGUCUGAUUUAUUUUACGGAAUCGGUUUGUUAAACAACGUCAAUGUAAAACCGAAGGAUGUGUCCAAACUGAUAAGUUUAAUCAAAAGGAAAAUGAAACCGGACGACCCUAUUACCGAUUUCGGAUACUCUAUCAACUUGUUGGCCAGUCUUGGACCCGAAGCACGCUUUGGAUACAACCGUUUGACCGACGCCAUUAUGCAAGUCGACCAAGUCGAUCAAAAGUAUUUGCAAUUCGAAGGCGGCUUGUCCGUCACCGGGCUCGUUUUGAACGGAAUCUACAAGUUCUGCGACGCCGUACAGUGCAAUUCCACGUUCCCGUUGGAAAACGACCAAGUAAUAAUGUUCGGCAAUUAUUUGCUGUCUCGUAAGUCUGUACAGACGUCCAAAGGAGCGUACUAUUUGCUGUCGGCACUCAACACUUUGUCUAAAAACAACUAUCAUUUGCCGAUCGCCGCUUCACUGGUAAAACCAAUGGGCGGACUCGAUGACGUCCACAAAACUCUAGCCGUCCGAUUCACCACCCUUCUUGGAGAACCUUUACCGACGACGCUCAGCGUUGGCGUGGAAUCGGCCAUGCUCAACAACAAAGUCGUAAUGUCAAAAAAUAAAUUGAGGACGACCGCCGACAAGACUAUUUACGAGCUGGACUUCAACGACCCAGACCUGUCCACGGGCAUUUACAGUCUAGUGUUGAGCGCUCAGCCAGCUCAUUCGAUCAAAGAGACGCUGCUGGGCAAUCUGGCCAUUCCGCUCGAGGUGAAAGUCGCGGCGUCGACGGUGGACAUUGUCGAUUUCAAAGUAGCGACAACAGACAGCGAUCAGCACUCCGGACCGUCGCUUCAGUAUGAGUUGGCAUUGAAAUAUGGCCAAAAGUUGAGCACACCGCUGAAGGCCGAUAGUAUGCAGAGAAUCAACGUACGGUUUUCCGUUAAAGACAACGUCGCCAAUAAGAACGUCCAGGUUCACCAAGCGUUUGUCAGGUUCACCAACUCGAAGAGCGGAGCGCAAAGCGUGUUCGUCGCCGAAUUGGAUUCGCAAAACCAAUACAAACUCAAUAUGGACUUGGGCGUGAAAGCGGCGGCGUUCAAGCAUGCGUCCGGCGUGUACGCGAUGGAUUUAAUUAUCGGCGACUCGUUGUUGACGAAUCCCGUCGUGUGGACGUUUGGCGACAUCAAAUUGAAAUUUUCCGAACCCGACACGCCCGUUGCCCACUCGUUUGAAGACUUUUACAAACCCAAAAGACUUAUUUCUCAUACGUUUAGAGAGCCGGAAACUCGGCCGCCUCGGAUAGUGUCUCUGCUGUUCACAGGCUUAUCGUUGGCACCUUUGUUGAUCCUAUUCGUUUUGUGGACAAAAUUGGGAGUGAACGUAAAAAACUUCCCGUUCAGUUUGAGCGCUUUGGGUUUCCACACGGGACUGGGCGGUAUUUUCGCGCUGUUUGUGAUGUUUUGGUUGAGAUUUAACAUGUUUGUCACGCUGAAGUACCUGCUGGCGUUGGGCUUGGCCACGUUCCUGUUCGGCAAUCGAUUGUUGUCGCAAAUCGCCCGUCGACGGAGCAAAUAAUAACACACCGACAGAGUGAAUUUCACAAUUUCCCUCCCCCGCCCCCCCCCAACUCUUUCCUUCAUUCCAUUGUGUUUUGCUACUAAUUGAUUGAAAAAAAAAAGAGAGAUAAUGCAAAAUUAAUAUAAGGAUAUAUGAUUUAUAUUUGCUGCUGCACACUACACGCAACGUUUGAAAUUAAUUUUAUAAUAUAUUUUGUGAUACACACAAUUAUUGAUGAAAGUACUAAAAAAAAAAACACAAGUAUACAUUAUAUUUUUAUUUUUAUGUAUUAUUAUUAUAUUUCUGAACAACAACAAUAUUGUAAA